UGACGGACUGCGGUGCCGCAUCCCUGGAACAUGGCAGACGGAGCCUCCGCGGAGCGCGGCUGGUAGCAGGCGGCGGGAACAUGGCGGACAGGUUGGAGUGGGUGGAGAUCAUCGAGCCGCGGACGAGGGAGCGCAUGUACGCCAACCUGCUGACGGGCGAAUGCGUGUGGGACCCUCCUCAGGGAGUUCACAUCAAACGGACCGGCGACAACCAGUGGUGGGAGCUGUUUGAUCCCAACACCUCCCGCUUCUACUACUACAACGCGUCCACCCAGCGGACGGUGUGGCACCGACCUCAAGGAUGCGACAUUAUCCCGCUAGCCAAGCUGCAGACUCUGAAGCAGCACACGGAUGGCACCAACCCCCGUCCCGCCGGUGUAGGAGGGGGGCGAGUCUCUGCCGACAACAGCCCCGGACGCAACAGCGGGGUCAGCAGAGAGGGAAGCACGUCGUCCUCGGUAGACCCGGACGACAAACAGGCCAACAAAGACGAGGCCGACAGGACUUCCCCCUUCAAGUGGAACACUGGUACGAAGGAGCGGAUGCUGAUCAAGGUGACGGACAGGGAGCCCAGCUUCCUGGCUCAUCAGGGCAACGGUUACUCUCCUUGUGAUCCCCCGACCCCCGGGGCUCAAUCUGGAGGAGGCACCACCUCGCGAACCCGCCGCUCCUCCGGAGGGAACCCGCCCUCAGAACCCGACGGCUCUCCGGUUCUGUACGCCGAACGCCGGCAGUCUCCGUUUCUGAAGCGGGCCGAGCUGGGCGGCACCGGCACUCACCGCCGCCCUUCGGCGGACUCCCAGCCUCCUUCGCCCCGCUACGCCUUUGAGCCCCCGCUGUACGAGGAGCCGCCGUCAGAAUACCAGCCCCCUCCCAUCUACGAAGAGCCUCCCACGGACAUGCUCCUCGCAGACCCCGGUUCCUUUUACGUAUCCGGCAAGUCCCCUGCUCGCAAGUCUUCAGCCCCGCUCUACCACUCCCCCAAGCAGAGCCCGUCCCCCUACGGCCAGCUGGUUCUGACCCGGCAGAAGUGUCCCGAGAAGACGCAGAGUCUGGAGUACAGUCCUGUCGGCAAGGAGUACGUGAAGCAGCUGGUGUACGUGGAGCAGUCGUCUUCCAGUCCCCGCUUCAAGACCGCCGACCGCCUGCUGCGCUACGGCACCACGGGGGGCUACGCCGGCUCCUACGGGGGCUCCUACACCCUGCAGCACAGCCAGUCUCUGAUCAGAGACCCCCGCCUGCUGGACUACAGCGGGGACGGGGGAGAGGGAGGCCAGAGGCUGCUCUACGAGGACUCCAUAUCCUGGACGUCCAGCCAGACCCACUUGCUGUCCGCCUCGUCCACGGGCGGCCCCGGACCAUUCUCUCCCGGCGGCAACCGCAAACGCAAGAGCCGCAAGCCGUCGCUGCCGCAGGACCUGGCCCGCUGCGGGGACGGGGAGCUGGCGGGGACGGCCUCGGAGGCCAUGCUGGCCCAGGCCCGGCUGGCCUGGGAGGCCCAGCAGGUGAUGAAGCAGCGGAGCAGCUGGGACUCCGGCCAGGGGGAUGGCCACGCCCAGAGCGGGGGCUCCAAAGACGGCUACGAGAGCGACGGGGCUCUGCCGCUGCCGCUGCCGGGACCCGUGGUGAGGGCGUUCAGCGAGGACGAGGCCCUGGCGCAGAGCGACGGCCACCACUGGAAGCGCAGCACCUUUGACCGGCUGGGCUUCCCUCAGGCGCUGCUGGAGAAGAGCCUGUCGGUGCAGACCAGCCUGGCCUCCCCGGAACCCUUCCUGCACCCCUCCCAGUCAGAGGAUCUCGGAGCCUGUGCCCAGUUUGAAGCCAGUCGGAACGCCAGGAAUAUGAUGCCCAGCGCCAGCUGUGGCAUUUUCCCAGAAUUCAGUUUGAGAAAGCCUUCGUCAGAGACCGACAUCGAGAACUGGGCGUCCAAACACUUCAACAAACACACGCAGGGUCUGUUCCGGAGGAAGGUGUCCAUCGCCAACAUGCUGGCCUGGAGCAGCGAGCCCAUCAAGAAGCCCAUGAUCGUGACGUCGGACCGCACCGUGAAGAAGGAGGCCGUGGACAUCUUCAAACUCAUCCAGACCUACAUGGGGGACCGGCGCUCCAAGGCAGACCCCCUGGCUGUGGCUCUGGAGGUGGUGGUCCGUGGCUGGAGCAACCAGGGCCUGCGUGACGAGCUCUACAUCCAGCUGUGCCGUCAGACCACGGAGAACUUCCGCUACGACAGCCUGGAGCGGGGAUGGGAGCUGAUGGCCAUCUGCCUGGCCUUCUUCCCCCCAACGCCCCGCUUCCACACCUACCUGGAGGGAUACAUCUGCAGACACAUGGACCCCCUCAACGACACCAAGGGAGUUGCCAUCAGCAGUUACGCCAAAUACUGCUACAGGAAACUGACAAAAGCUGCUCUGACCGGAGCCAAGAAGGGCGUGCAGAAACCGUGUCCGGAGGAGAUCCAUCAUGCCAGGAACGCCAUCUUCAGCCCCUCCAUGUUCGGCUCCUCCCUGGAGGAGGUGAUGGUGCUGCAGAAGGAGCGCUACCCGGACCGCCAGCUGCCCUGGGUGCAGACCCGGCUCUCCGAGGAGGUUCUGGGGCUCAACGGAGACCAGACAGAAGGCAUCUUCAGGGUACCAGGAGACAUCGAUGAAGUCAACGCCCUGAAGCUGCAGGUGGAUCAGUGGAAAAUCCCCACAGGACUGGAAGACCCCCACAUCCCAGCGUCUCUACUCAAGCUCUGGUACAGGGAGCUGGAGGAGCCGCUCAUCCCCCACGAGUUCUACGAGGAGUGCGUCCGUCACUAUGACAACCCGGAGGCGGCCGUCAACGUGGUGCUGGGCCUCCCUCACAUCAACAAACUGGUGCUCUGCUACCUCAUCCGCUUCCUGCAGGUAUUUGCCCAGACCGCCAACGUGACCGUCACCAAGAUGGACGUGAACAACCUGGCCAUGGUCAUGGCCCCCAACUGUCUGCGCUGCCGAUCCGAUGACCCCCGCGUGAUAUUUGAGAACACCCGUAAGGAGAUGUCCUUCAUCCGGGUGCUGAUCCAGCGGCUGGACACCAGCUUCAUGGAUGGAAUCCUAUAGCCCCCCUCCCCCCCACACACACUCACCUGGAUACUUUCCCCCACGCUCCUUUAACCUGCUCCACCACCCCCACCUGCACAGGGAUCCUCAUGAACAUGGCUGCUGCUGGUGAACACCUGGACGCUGCCGGAACUACCUGAACUUCCGCCUGCUUUUUCAGUUCAGCAGCUGUUUCCCUGUGGACCUCCUUAUACGGUUGACUCGAUUCCGCGAUGGUCCAGGAUGGACCUUCUCAUUCUGCUACUCUUACGCUCCCAGACUGGAAGUUCAGAUGAGUCUUGGUUCCCUGAUGCUAUAGGACUGUGGACAUUCAAGGUGACUCUCAUUGCCUAGACAAACCAGGACUGUGGAUGAGCUUGUCCAGCUGACUCUCAGUUCCCUAACACUCAGCCAUCAAAAACUGUACAUUCUGACACUUGCUUCCCUUAUGAUCCUGGUUUAAGGGUGUUCAGCAGACUAUGAGAUCCAUGACAGGUUCCCUGACACGACAAGCCUAUGGACCUGUUCAUUCAGCCCACUUUUGGUUCCCCACUCACACACUCUAGGACGUUUAGCCAAGUAGGUUCCCCGACGCUCCCUGACUGUGGACAUUCAUCCGACUCAGUUCCCUAACGCUCGUGGACUGUGGACAUUCAGCCGACCUGGUUCCCCAACACUUCAGGACUGUGGACAUUCAGCCGACUCCGUUCCCCGACGCUCCUUGACAAUGGACAUUCAUCCGACUCCGUUCCCUGACGCUCCAUGACUGUGGAUAUUCAGCGGACUCAGUUCCCAGAUGCUCCAGAACUGUGGACAUUCAUCAGACUCCAUUCCCUGGCGUUGCUUGACUGUGGACAUUCAGCGGUUUGGUUCCCCGACACUCUCUGACUGUGGACAUUCAUCCGACUCUGUUCCCCGACACUCCUUGCCAAUGGACGUUCAUCAGACUCAGUUCCCUAACGCUCGUGGACUGUGGACAUUCAUCAGACUCCGUUCCCUGACGCUCCUUAACAGUGGACGUUCAGCAGACCCAGUUCCCCAACACUUCAGGACCGUGGACAUUCAUCCCACUCCGUUCCCCGACGCUCCUGGACUGUGGACAUUCAGCGGUUUGGUUCCCUGACGCUCCUUAACAGUGGACGUUCAUCAGACUCCGUUCCCUGACGUUGCUUGACAGUGGACAUUCAUCAGACCCGGUUACCCGACACUCCUGGACUGUGGACAUUCAUCCAACUCCAUUCCCUAACGCUCCUGACUGUGGAUAUUCAGCGGACUCAGCACGUUCAGCAGACCCGGUUCCCCAACACUUCAGGACUGUGAACAUUCAGCAGACUCAGUUCCCAGACGCUUCCUGACUGUGGACAUUCAACUGAGUCGGUUCCCCGACGCUCCUGGACUGUGUGUGCCUUCACGUCCGCUAGCUCCGUGCCCAUGCUCAGUGUGAAGACUUCAGCAGGGAUCUCAUCGUCUUGACUGCGUUCAUCCCACCGGCAGACCUCCAUGACUGACCUAAAGUCAGACGCGUUUGUUUUAUACCAAACUGUUUUUGCUUGAAUACACGUGCACUGCCAGAUGCACACACUUCCAUGCGUUGCCUGAGGACCGGUCACCAGUCGGAUGAAUGAACAAAGUGCAUGUUUGAGGGUUUCACACGACUUUUCACAGAUACAAACUCUUCACCGUCACUGCUGCUCCGCCUGGGAAGAGCCAAAGCCCAGUACGAGCCUUUCUGCCCCGCCAUCGUCUCACCUGCACCACCGAAGACCCGACGCGUCCUGGAGACGCGUCCUGGAGACACGUGUGGUGUCACGACCUGCUGUCUCCCUGUUAACACACAGGAAACGUGUCACAGACGGGACAUUUCGAGUCUUUCCCGGGACUCUGGUUGUUUAAAAGAGUUGGAACCCUUUAAGACGAGCCGUGGCGAACAGGCUCAACUGUCGAGUCUAGAGUUAAAAUUCACGUUUAGUUGGCAAGAUAAAACUCUUGUGAGGAAGUCUGAGCUCUACAAUGUUGUGUCGCUGAGGUUUGAGGGAAAGAGACGUGCAGUGGAAUGUGGGUAAAAAAAACAGAACUUUAUAAGGUCAGAUUUAUCAAGAAAAUUCAGACAUUCUGACUUUAUAUACUGGUUAGUUUUGUGAGACAAAAGUCAUACAUUUAAAAGAGAAAACUCAUAUUCUGACUUUAAUGAACUUGUAACUCUCCAAAAUCACAAAUUUGAAAGAGAACAAUCAGAUGAUUUUAUAAACUUUCAGGUUUAGGACCUAAUUUAAGUUCUUCCGAGUGAAGUGCUUAAAUGUUAUCUGGGUGUUUGGUGGCCCCCUGGUGGCCGGGAGGACCACAUGCAACAAAAAACCAACCACCGCAGAGCGUUUAAGUGAAGACGACAUGGACACGAGACCUGCAGACCUGCAGACCUGCAGACCUGCAGACCUGCAGACCUGCUCCAGCGUUCAGACUCUGAACCAGACCGACUCACGUCACUGUGAAGGUAGAGGAAUGAUUGGCCGGAGGAAACAGACAGAUCUGGGAAGGUUUGAAUAAAUCAAACAACGGUUUACACUUCCAGUUUUAUCUUAGGUCCAUUCUGUUUACAAAGAAAUCAAAAUCUAAGUUAAUGGUACAAUUACUCUUUUUUUUCUGACCACGUCUCCAGACGAAGGUCUCCAGACGGAGGUCUCCAUGUGGAGGUCUCCAGAUGGAGGUCUCCAGAUGGAGGUCUCCAGACGGAGGUCUCCAGACGGAGGUCUCCAGACGGAGGUCUCCAGGUCUCCAGCGAUCAGACUUGCAGGUCUCUGGUGUCCAUGUCUGAGGACCUUCAUUAAACUGGCUCCGUCCUACUGGUUGAUCUGGUCAACAGAGGACAGGAAGUGGUUUCUCCUCAGCUUCCUGGUCCAGCUCCAGGUGUCUCCUCUGGGUCAGAGUUUGUCCUCAGCCCGGUCCUCCCCUGACGGAGGUGAUGGAGGAGGACCGUGUCCCGCCGUGUCCCGCCGUGUCUGUCCACCCUGCCGUCCAGCCACUGUGGACGUUAACGUCUCCUGAGCUGUGAGUGAGGAGCUGUGAACGCAGCACUGCCAAGGAUCCAGAACGCUUGGGUCCAACCCAGAGGUGUCAGCUCGUCCGCCGGCCCCGCCCCCGCCCUGACCCCGCAUAGACAUCAUAAACGUAGACGCCCCAUCGAGCACUGCUGCGAUACGUCAACGUCGCCGCCAUAUUGGAUGUGGCAAGACUGCGCUGUAAACUAAUACAAGUAAAUGGACUUAUUUUCAGAAAGCUCCUUUCUACAAAGACAUGUACGUUUUACGUCUCAUUUAUUCAUUCACACGCACUAAUAUACUUGGGAAACAGUUAGGCACCAAAUAUAAUAUAUUUAAUUUUCUCAG